AUGGAUGAGUCUAUCGAGUCCGAGUCCGCUGCCCCUCCAGUCCGUGCCUCGUCACCCUCGCCAUCCAUCAUACCGACGCCUGCUAUAUCCUCGUGUCCGUCCCCGUCAGACCGCACCGUCUCAACCGUGUCGACCCUCUCGUCCCGUUCAGUCUCGUCCGCCACAUCUGCCGAUGCCAGGUCCUCCGUGUCCACUGUCUCGUCGAGAAGACGAGGGUACAUCCGACCCCAGGGGGUCGAGUUUGCUGACUCGGCCAGACACCGCGAGAGUGUGAUGAGCUUGGGCAGUAUAGCGCAUCUGCAGUAUUACUUUGCCCGCACAGGCUUGCUGGAAGGGAAAGGCGGCCAAGCUCGGGAGUGGAAAAAGAAGCAAAAGCCAGAAGACAUACCGAGACUACUCCUCACCCCAAAUGCUCGCUUCAUCGAGGAUCUGACCGCGAGCCCGACGGACGAGAGCUCGGAACCCGCCGACGAGGAGUUCGAUGAGCACGAGGUGAUGCUGCCUCCGACAGUGAGCACCUAUAGUGUGAAAACGUUCCACCUCCCGCCGCCGCCAGAUCUCGUAGCCCUGCGAAAGGAUCUCCGGGAUGCGUUAGAUGAGGCCGAAAAGAGCAUGGAGACGAUUGGAUCCCAGAAGGAGCCGCCGCGAAACAUGAAGCCUCCACGUAUCAGCGUAGACGAAAUUCCUGACAUGGGCGAUCCGGCGCGCAAGAUGUCAGCAGGAGCCAUCCCAUUGGGUUGGCACGAGAUUCAAGGCAUGCGUAUCUUGGAUGUUGUGACUCUUGCGAUUCGGGCUGCCAGGAUUUACUAUACCGCCCAUGAACGGCCGGAGCGACUGGCGUCGAUCAAAAGUGAGCGGGAAAUCCGACAGGAAUUGUUUGACGUGCUGGAAGUCCUGAAACGAUGGGCCUCUCGUAAUUUCACCGGUGGACUCCGGGACGACGAGCGAUCGGCCAUCAUGAGUUGGAUGGCCAACGUGCGCAGCAUGCUGGCGCAAGAAACUCAUAUGGAGGAGGCGGAAGCCAGGAGCGACAAGGAUGGGCGUGGGCACGUGGAGACUGGAGUGACGGAUGCAUUGCCAACAUGGACAGCCCCCGAAGGUCAAACCCUACCAACUCCGAUGCUCGAGUGGUUCCGAGAUGGGCGCGGCCUGGUUCAAAUCCAUAACCAGGCCGUAAAGAAAUCCAAGAGACCCUUCUGCGAAAUCAAAGCCUUCCAUGAGGAUGUUGCUAAACCAUACCGGCGGGCGGAUAAUAUUCGGUACUGGACCAAAGCUGCGGAAAUCCGGUGGGAAACCAAGUUAGAACUGGAUGUGAUGGGGGUCGUCUACGGGAAUAGCGAUGAGGCUUGGAGGAAGUUUGACAUAGCCAUCCUUACUUGGUGCAAGGCAGUUCGCGAAGAGCUGAUGCGAGAUUGGCGGGGGCCUGACCCAGGGAACAACCAACAAAAAGCGACCAGGGUGGUCAUAUUAGAAAGGGGGGACCGUCUUGCAUACCAACAAUUUCCCCCCCCAAGAACCCAAAGACGCGCCCAAAGAGCGUUGAUUUGCCCCAACCACAUUCCACGCUAUCUUUCUCUAGCCUUUCCCACUACUGCAACAACACAAACAGACCAGGGCGGUCGCCCCGUCAAUACGUACCAUGUUCACCACGUCAACUGUCACCACUGCGCCCACCCACCCGGAUUCCGGUCCGAAGACGCCCACGAAAUCGUCAUUAUCGCAGUUGCUAUCUUCUCCCCCUCCGCCUCCACCUCCCGCCGUCGCCGUCUCUCCUCCAGAGAAUCCAUCGCCGCGACGAAUCAAGUCCAAAUCAUCCCUGCGCAGUCUCCGCAUCUUGGAAGUAGCCUUCACGACGACGAUCUCGACGAUAUUUACGAGCAGGCUGGGUCGGACAAAUCACUCAUUCGACCCUCCAUCCUUCGCCGCUUGUCUCCUGGUCUAGCUGCGCGCGUCAAGCUGUUGGAUGGGAGUCACAAGACCGCGAUUCCCACCCGUAACCCAGGCGCCGUUGGUCGAAUCCCCGAGGAGCACAUCAAGGAAUUAGACAGCCGCAACAAAGACCUUUCGAUCAAGAUUGAAAAGAGAGGGCGGUCGUGGAAUGCUGUACACUUUGGUGGCAAAGGUAAACAACCGCAACAGAUUGAGUCGACCUACCUGGAGGUUCACGACCCGGACACAGAAUUGCCUUCCCCAGUGGAGUCGGAACCGGUAGAACCUGUCGAGGAAAGCUCCACGUCGGUCGCAACCCAAGAACCCGUCGAAGAAACAUUAGUCAAUCAAGCAGUAGACGUCAGUCUAACCCAAGAAGUGGAAGAAGUGGAAGAGCCGGAAGAAGCUCCAGUGGCCAUGGCUGCGGUUGCGUCUCUGCCAGCGCCACUAGACAUCGAAUCGGGUGCUCCCCCUAAUACGCAUGGCGAACAUGACCAAACAGAUUACGAGAAGUUUCUCCAAAGUACUAGUGACAACGAAGCUGAGCAAGCUCCACCGCCUCCUCCAAAAGACUCGCCGCGCCCACCGUCGGCUAAUUCGAACAUACAAUCCUAUUUUAACCCCCGGGGUUUGCAGCGCCCCGAAUCAAUAUACUCCUUCUCUCGCGCAUCCUUCAGUCACCAGCUCACCCAGCUUACCUCCAUCCCACUGCCCCAACCGUCGUCCCUUGAAGCCAGCAUUGCCGCAAUACCCAACGCGCCAUUGGCCGUCAAAUCCCUCACGGGGUCCGCAGCACAAAUUCAGAUAUGGAUCAAAAAGGCCUCCGAUGUGUUAAGUGGUCUAGAUGCGGAGGACGAAGUGGAGUGGGCAGCAGCAGGCGGACGAGAAGGAUUAGACGGGAUCGACAAGGCAAUUACACGGUUCGAAGGUCUGAUGAACAUUUACGUGAAAGCCAUUGAAGAUGUACAGCUCCGAGUCGAUAUUGGCGACGUUAGUGCAGACAGUUUGAAGACCAUUGUGAUCCAGAUGGACAGUAUAUUACAGAGCUGGGCGGAUAUCAAGAACCGACUAAGAAAUGUGAAGGAACAAGUGGAAUUGGCUAUGGAAUGGGAGGAGCUCUGGAAUACCAUUUUGGGGGACGUCAGUGCUGAAGUUGAGAGUCUGAGCCGGCUACUCUUCGAGAUCGAAGAGAAGCGACACAUCAAUAUGGCAAAUGCAUGGGCCGCUGAGCAGGAGUCGAAUAGCUCUGGGCUCGAUAUUAGCGAGCUGGAGACGAUCGUCGAGGAAACACCGAAUGACGGACACUUUUCCAACAGUAACCGGCACAGUAUCUUAUUCGAUGCGCCACCGACCCUCGAUACCCCGCUCAUUCAAACCCCACAGGAUGACUCGGAGCAUGCGGACCUCAUCGCUGUAUUUGCCCGAAUACAACCCUUGCGGGCAUCCCUUGCCUUCUUGCCCAUGCGGUUGUCCAUGUUUCAGGGCAGAGCAGAAAGGAUCUUCCCCAGCGCCUGUGCGGAGAUGGAAGAGCGGCGAAAAGGGCUAGAGAAGAGCUAUCGGACCUUGGAGGCAGAUGCGGAAGCUCUGCGGAAGGAGUUCAGUGAGGACCGGUGGGUUCUUGUUUUCCGCAAUGCUGGCAUGCAAGCAAGGAAAAUGUUUCUAUCGGUUGAACGAAGCAUUGCCAAGUUGCAAGAAGCCCUGGAAACAGGUGCUCAUGUGCAUAACCCGGCGGGACUAGCGAAGCGCGUCGAGAGUUACGAGGCCAAGAAGCAACAUUACGUCCCUGCGAUCGAACGAGUAAUAUCUCUCAUCGAGAAGGGAGUAAAGGAUCAACUGACGGUGAAUGGCGAGACGGUGAAUCUCCUGUCAGACAUGGCGUCGAGGAUGGAUGCGCUGAAAAGGAGCGUGGAGGUGAUGGAUUCAUCGCUUACAGAAUUCAACGUGGCGCCGGGCCAGCACUUGCGCGACUCUAUAUCAACGAUUGUCACCAUGGACAGCCCGGCCACUAGCCUUAUCGACACUCCCGGCAGCUCCCCACCUUCAUCGGUGGUCAUGACCCCUGCUAACAAAGGCUCGGGUGCUUCUUUGGGAAGCUCGAGCAGACGGGGCAGUUCUGUGAGCUCAGUCGCCCGCAGUACCGUGGCCAAGGUUCGGCGAUACUCAGGCAUACCCCAGCCCACGGCAACCCUGACUAGCAAGAAAUCGGCGAUCCCGAAGCCAACGCUGACGGCCCCAUCUCCUAAGCCAAGUGGUCUCUUUACGCCUACUCCAGCUGCAAAGAAGGUGCCACGUCUGCCCCCACCUGUCAAAGACAAUCGCCCACGAUGGAACUCGAGUGUCAACACCAAUGAUCUGGAAGUCGGUCAUGUCUACAAGGCCAGCGCGCAAUUCCGCAAGUCCUCGGCUCCAAGUCGCACUCCCCGUCCCUUGUCAAUGAUGUCCCGCCGAGAUCUUGCUGUAUCUCCCGCUCCGUCAACAGCACGGUCCCCCAGCCGUGUCUCCAGCCGCGUUUCCAGCCGCCUUGCAUCACGCAGCCCUAACCGCACUGGUUCUCCCACGCCCAACCGCUCCCUCCUUGACCCUCCACCCUACAGCAAGCUUCGGCGUCCGCCAGGGGCGGAAGGCAUCAUCAACACUCCCCGAAACCGGCAAAGUUUUGCCGGGAUGUCGUUCAGCCGCAGUAUCUCACACGAUUAUACCCGUAACCUGCUCAGUCCCACCAAGGCUGAGCGCCCGGGGACUGCCUUGGGCCAUGGGGGCAGUCGUCGCAUCAGCUUGCUUCCUUUGCCGCGAAACAAAAGCGGGCGAGAUAGCAGUGCGGGCACUCGUAGUAAGCUGAGUGAACGCCCACCGUGGCGGUAA